UGAAAAUGCUUUGGAAAUAUCGUGUCAUUGACUUGAAUUGAAUUGCAAUAAUACUAUUUUCACUUAUUGUUAACUUUGGAGUGUUGAUUAUGUUUUUUUAGUUACUGUCAAACAUGAACGAGUAUCAGACCCAGUUAACCAAUGUUAGGUUACAGUAGCUAGCUAUCUAACCGUAUCUAACGCGUUAGCGUACUGUACGUGGAUACAGUAGCUAGCUGACCUAUGUGACAGAUCAGUCUGUUUCUUGCUGUCUUGUGAAUUUAACCAAAUGUAUUAUUUGAACCUGACAAAAUUAGACGACAGUGUGUAGAUAAACUCGACGUAAAGCCAGCUAAUGUUAAAUAUCCAAGUUGGCGUUAGCUUUGCUAAGCCUGGUAGUACUAGUGCGUGAUGAAAUGAACCAAUCUGACAGGCGGUGGCAGAGGCUUGUCAGUUGCAAUGCAAAAGCAACGACCAUAAAAGAAGCGCUUGUAAAAUGGGAGGAAAAAACAGGGGAGAAAGUGGGUGAGGCAAAAGCUGUGAAGCUGUAUGGCCAGAUUCCUCCUAUUGAGAAAAUGGAUGCCUCACUGUCCACACUCAUCAACUGCGAGAGAUUAUCCCUAUCUACAAACUGCAUUGAAAAAAUUGCCAACUUGAACGGCCUCAAAAACCUACGGAUAUUAUCACUCGGAAGGAACAACAUCAAGAAUCUAAAUGGACUGGAGGCUGUUGGGGACAUUCUAGAGGAACUGUGGAUUUCCUACAACCUAAUUGAGAAGCUCAAAGGAAUUCAUGUCAUGAAGAAGCUCAAAAUCCUUUAUAUGUCCAACAAUCUGGUCAAGGAGUGGACGGAGUUCUUAAAGCUGGCUGACCUUCCAUCCCUAAUGGACCUGGUGUUUGUGGGAAACCCCUUGGAAGAAAAAUACUCUGCUGAGGGGAACUGGAUAGAAGAAGCCACCAAGAGGCUGCCCAAGUUGAAAAAAAUAGAUGGGACCCCAGUGAUCAAGCAUGAUGAUGAUGAAGAGGGAGACAGUUAACCCAUUCCACUUCAGAUUUGAACAUUUACAGGUUGUUAUUAUAGAAUAAAAAUGUUUCUAUUGAAAUGGUUUCUAUGCUAGCAUCGUUUAGAGUCAAUCCACCAGGCAAUAUACUAGGCUGUUUUCCAUUUCCGAAGCUGAAGCGUCUAAAGUCUUUCCACUGGUUUUGGAGAGAAUAUCUCUCUUUGAAGCACAUAGCAGAUACCUUCAUGGAAAUCAUGAAUUAAAAGUAACAUGAAACAGACAGUGCAGUUACAAUGAUUGGUAUUGUGUAUGUAUGUUACUGUUGGUACAAGUUUUCUAAAAGGUACUAGUUACAUUCCCAGUAGUCCUGUCUAGCAUCUAGCUACAAGGUUACAUUCCUAUUAGUCCUCAUCUUUAUUUCUUUAUUCCAAAAAGCACAAUUUCAUCUUUCUAUCAUUUCUAAUGGUAUUUUUUCCCUCAUGAAUCCUGAUUUUAACUCUGCAAAGACCUUAGUUUCUGAUCUGCAUGUAGCCAUGAAAGAGCCAUAAUGGAGUUGCACAAAAAAGUGGCCAAGCGGAGAAACAAGUAUUUUCUGGGCAUGAAUGGAUGAAAACUGUAUUUAGAAAAUAUGAAAGAACUAAAGAGUACAGGUAGCUCUUGUCUUCACAGUACAUUAAUGUUUGUAAUGUUUAUAUUAUUAUUAUAAGGCAUGUUUGUAUAAAAUGUAAUAUAUGAAAUGAAGAAUUUAAAGGUUGGUGAUUUUUUAAAAUACUUUUAAAUGUUGAGGUUUGGUACAUUACAUUAAAACUAUUGAAGUCA